AUGACGGCGGCGGUGGCGACGGUCGGAGCUGGGUCGUCCUCCUUCGCCCAGACGGCCGUCUUUCCGCACCCCCGCAGCCUGUCGAGCUCGGGUCUGCCGUAUCCUUGGACCACCCGCCGGGGGACGGCGAAUUGGAGGUGCCGGGCUUCUUCCGAAGGUUUCGAGCACAUACCUAGACAGUUUCGGGAGGUGAAUCUUAAGGAAGGAUGUGAGUUGCGGCGUGGACGUCAUUCUCUUAUCUUAUUUUUCUUCCGAUCUGAUUUUGUCUCUAUUUUUCUGCUCUUUUAUUAUACGAAUUUCCUAAUUUAAACUUUUUCGAGCUCCCGGUAUUGGAUUUCGUGUGCCCGUCCCGUUUCAAAUGAUAUUAUUGAUUUUUUUCUUGAGGUAUGUCGACAAUGUUCAGACCUAAGUUUCUGCCGGGUUCGUUGUACAAAAUGAGAAGUGACGCUAAACAAAGAUUUUAGGAUAACACUUUUCGCCCGUUUGGUCGUAUAUUUGGCAGAAAAAGAGAUGUAAUUACUUUAUUUUCUCUCUUUUAUAAACAAACUAGCCGGGAUAGGCCCUAGAACAGGUCCGACCAUCUUGGAAAUUGACAAUAAUUCACGGAGUUCGUGUUUUUCAGUUUUUCUCUAUGAUCAUAAGGGACUCUUGUAGAUAUGCAUCAGAGAUAUCUUAAAUUAUUUAAUCCUAAACGACUGGGCGUUUGAGUCGUUCCUUCAGUUUUCUUUCCCAGGAGUAUUCAUUCUCGGGUCAUUCAGGUUCUCUCUUCAAAGAAGAAAAAUAACCAUUGAUAUUUUCUUAUGAGUGUCCUCACAUUCUUGUUUCUCGUUUUCAGUGAUGGAGAACUUCAAAAAUGUCCCCAAACACCUUUAUGGCUUAAACGAGUCACAGAUGGACAUGUUCAUGACAGAAGAUAGUCUCAUUGCAAAACAAUCGGAGAAAGUCACUGAGGUAGUUUUCUUGUGUUUUAAAUUUCUUUCUGUGGUUUAUGGCAAAUCGAUUGAAGGCCAAAAAUCUAAAGCCUUUCCAUAUGAUGCCAGCAAUCCAUUUCAUCUGCAAGGAACUAUCUAGACAAUGGAGGGAUGUGGAGUCAAUCAGGUAUGAAGGAUGAAGCUUCUAGGUACAGUAUGAGUGUCAGCAUGUACAGAGGAGGAGCUCGUGGAUCGGGGAGGCCCAGAACUGCCCCCCCAGAUUUGCCUUCUCUUCUCUUAGAUGCCAGGAUUUGCUACCUGGGGAUGCCUGUAAGAGAUUAUCUUCCAAGUCAUUUUAGCCAUUUUAAAAGCUGAUGUUUGAUUUCUUUUGAUGCUGAUAUUUUUUUCUCGACUUUCGCAGAUUCUUCCCGCAGUAACUGAACUUCUCGUUGCACAGCUGAUGUGGUUGGACUAUGACAACCCCUCUAAACCGAUAUAUAUGUAUAUAAAUUCGUCUGGGACACAGGUAAUUCCGAAAAGCUGGAUGCAUAAUCUGGUCACAGGCUAAUUAUAGCAGGUUCUUCCCUGCUAAGUUCUCAUGAAUUACUGUUCUUUACGUUGAACUGAUUUUCACUGCUACAUUCUUUGCCAGAAUGAAAAGUUGGAAACUGUUGGAUCCGAAACUGAUGCAUAUGCAAUUGCGGAUACUAUGGCUGUGAGUUGAAGACCGCUUGCCCUCUUUACGUCCUUUGAUUUAGGAAUAAAAACUAAUAUCGUUAAUGAUAACAACCUUGCAACAAAAGGAUAUUACCUUUGGCUUUUUUUUUUUUUGCAAUGUUAGAUAUUUAGACAUUUGCAUGCAUAUAAUUCUUUCAUCAAAACUUUUGAGGUUGCCAGGUUAGUGAUUGAAGGGCGGUUUACGCAUUUAAUAUAAAGCCCAGUAUGGCUUUGGUCACAUAUGUUUGGUAGAAGGUACUUUCAUGAUUCUUGGAUGAACGUUUAACGUGAUUCCUUAUUUACGGGCUCCCAAUUUUUUCUUACCCCAUGUACGCUCUACCUGAGAAAAAAAUUGAAUUGAAUAAUUUAUGUUGUUUCAUGUUUUACUCAUUCUGCUAACAAUUGUUCAUUGAUAAAAGAAAAAGGGGUAAGAUUAUGAGAAGACUUAUUCAACGUGUCAAACAAUGAAGAGAGCUUUCUAUAUAAACCAGAACAUGAGCAGAAAAGGGUUGCUCAUGACCUUUAGAAGCGUGAGCAAUGAUAGCUGAUGCAAAACAUCUUUCUGGCUGCCAAUAACUUCAAUCCAGAGAGUUGGUUUGAUUUCUUAGAGAUAACUAACCAUAAAGUGAACCUCAUUAAAGUCAUGGAGAACAACACGUAAUUGGAAGGGUUACAUUUCUGUGCAAAUUUCUGAUAGUUUCCUCGUUAGUUUCUACCAUUGAAUUAUCAAAUGCGUCAGUUAUAGUUUGAAGAUGGAGAUCAACUAAGUAUGAAUCACAUGACCCGGUUGACUUGAAUGGUUCAAUGGAAUGAACAGAAAAGCCAUUUAGGUAGUCUUGAAAAAAUAAUUGUGUGGGUUGCAGACAAAAAACUGUUUGGAUCACAUGAGCAUUUCUCUUCAAAAUACUGGGGGAAACGUUUGGGAAUGAUAUGAAUCAGAGGAGAGAGGUAAAGGGGUUUGGAUGCUUGUGACUAAAUCAUUUUACAGAAAGAAUUUUAGUUUCCUUAAUGAAUGCUGAGUGGAAUUUAUAUCAAUAUCUAAAAUCGUCUUACUUACUUACUUUUAGGCUUCUGUUUAAGUGCUAAUCACCUCAGAUGUGCGUAACACUGGUCAAUGCGCAUUUUUGACAGUGGAUAUAUCUUAAAAAUAUAUAUAAUUUUUUUUUUUUGCGCUGACCAAUUUUGUGGUUGCUUGCAUGUAAAUAAUCAUGUUUACCAAGUUAUUAUCUAUUCACCCACUUCUACCUCUAUGAAAUCUCUCUGAACCCCAUAACUCUCCCAUACAUCUCGGAAUCCGUGCAUCAUUAUCUCUGUCUCUUUCAUGUUGACCAUCUAAGAUUGGACUGAUUAGCAUCCCUUCCUCAACAGUACUGCAAAUCAAAAGUCUACACUGUGAAUUGCGGCAUGGCGUACGGUCAAGCGGCGAUGCUCUUAUCUCUCGGCGCAAAGGGAUUCCGUGCUCUGCAGCCAAAUGCCUCCAGUUAUCUCCCAUUUAUCACUCCCCCACGCUGAUUAUUUCUCCUUCAAGCUUCCACAGUCUCUCUCAUUAUGUGAUGCUUCUCUUCAAUCCCAGCCAAGCUGUACCUCCCAAAGGUCAACAAAUCCAGCGGGGCAGUGAUCGACAUGUGGAUUAAGGUGAGACGUGAUUUGCUUAAUCCUGUGGUUUGGCCCAGAGAAUGUCAACCCAGUUGACUUAAUUUUGUCAACAGAAGGUCUGAGGUCAUUGUAUUCUCGUUUUAUCCAGGCUAAGGAGCUGGACGCCAACACCGACUACUACAUCGAGCUGCUGGCGAAGGGGAUCGGAAAACCUAAGGAAGAGAUCGCCAAAGACAUCCAGCGCCCGAAGUACUUCCAAGCCCAGGAAGCCAUCGCCUACGGAAUCGCCGACAAGACCAUUGAUUCUCGCGACGCCGCCUUCGAGAAACGGGUAGAUCGGAACCUCCUCCUCUUCACCUCCCAUAUUCUGAUCGGAGCGUCUGUGGUGUCUGAUUAAUCUGAUUUGUUCUUCUUUUGGUCAGAAUUACGACGAGCUGCUGGCUCAGUCUAAGGCGAUGAGGAAGUCGGCAAUGGGCGGCUCGGCGUCUCAAUCGUUCAGAUGA